AUGAGUGUUUUUAUAACAUUUGAGGGUCCAGACGGAUCUGGCAAGUCUACAAUUUGCAACUUAGUGUAUGAUGAACUAAUAAAAAAUAAUAUAGAAACUAUAAAGACUAGGGAGCCAGGUGGAACUAGGAUUUCAGAAAAAAUUAGGGACAUAAUCCUAGAUAAGGACUUAAAUGAAAUGGACAUGAGGACAGAAGCCCUACUUUAUUCUGCUUCAAGAGCCCAACAUACUUAUGAAAAAAUUAUUCCUGCCCUAGAGGAUGGGAUUACUGUGCUUUGUGAAAGGUAUGUCCUAUCAUCCCUUGCCUAUCAAGGCCAUGCAAGAGGACAAAAGUUAGAAGAUAUUAGGGCAAUAAAUGACUUUGCAACUGGUGGCAAAAAUCCAGACAUUGUCUUUAUAUUUAGGACUAAUAAUUCUACUUUGACAAGGAAGGAUCAAGCAUGCUACGACAGGUUAGAAUGUGAGGGAGAUGACUUCCAUAAGAAGGUCAGGGACUACUACAACGAUUUAGAGAAAGAAGGAAAUUAUUAUUUUAUAGAUGUAAAUCAGACUAUUGAAGAAGUCUUCGGCGACUGUAUGAAGAUUCUUAAAGAAAGGAAGAUUUUGUGA